AUUGUGUAAAACAGAUAGGUUUGCGUGUCAUGCUGAAAUAGGAAAACAAGUCAACUCUAUUCAUUAUGUUAAAUGAUAAGGUCAUUUAGUCUCUGAAACCGAGGAGAGUCAAGGUGCCAAUACAAGGAGAGAGCAGCACUCUCCCAGUUAAAACCGGAAGGCUCUAGCAAGCUGUCUGUUGCCACGCCAUAGCUACUGGGGAGUUCUACAACUGAGCUGAUUGCUAUGGCUCUUGGACAAUUUAAGGGUCUCUUGGCUCUGUUUUGUGUUUGUAGGCAGUAGUAGUUUUCCUGUCAAAUGACAUUGGCAAUUGAUGCAUGAAUGAUGGGCUUUAAGGACAUUAUGAACAAACAAGAAGAGACAUGGGAGAAACUGGACUCAGAGUUUGACCAUCACCUGGUUGACAUGAAACCAUAUGUCCUAAAACUCCCCCACAAGACAGAGCGCCAGCUGUGUGCCCUGUGGAUCAAGAAGCUGUGUGACCCAGGUGUAUCCGGCUCGGGCCUGAUGGGACGCAAGAACCGCAACAUGUACGCCCGCCUGCUCCUGCACAUGCUCAGAAGAGGUGUCCUGGAGGGCCCUUUCAGCCACAAGCCAGAGUCAGGCAGUCUCAAGACUCUACCAACAUAUAUGUCCAUCUACUUUGACGAGCCUCUAUGUGGCCGGGGCCUGGAGCAGAGUACUGCAGGCCUGCCUGACUGGGUAACGGGAGAGCUAGGCCAGGGUGACGACUCCUGGGACAGCCUGCUCAGAGAGAGGGCCAGGUCCUCUUCCACAGCCUACUCUAACACAGACAGGAGAAGACGGCUAUAUGAUGAGAUGUCUCCAUCUCGACCCCUGGCCUCCAGCCCAGUGAAACACUCUUCUGAAGACCACAACAAAGGGGUGGAUGGCCACAGGAAGCCAGUGGUGCCGUCUCCUGACAACAGUGACCUGGAAGCUCGCCUCAACAGCUGGAACCUGGGGAUUGAGAACCCCAGGUAUUUGAGAGAGAACCCUGUCCCCUUGUCUCCGAUAUUCCUCAAAUCCAGCCUGAAGAACAGCACCGGGACUGAUGAGCAGACCCCAGUAGCAAGACAGGAGAAAGAGGCUGAGAUGAAGACUAAAGUCCUGGAGGCCAAGCACCAGGAGGAGAAACUGAAGAUGCAGCAGAAGCAUGACGCAGACGUGCAGAAGAUUUUAGACCGUAAGAAUGGCGAGAUCGAUGAGCUGAAGACCAUGUACAGAGCCAAGCAGAAGGAAUCGGAGGAGAGUGUGCGCAAGCUGGAGAAGAAAGUUCAAAGUGUGGUGCGCGAGUCCCAGGUCAUCCGUGAGAGCAAAGAGAAGCAGAUCGGCGAGCUGAAGAAGAUGUCAGAUCAGAGCACCGACUCCCUGAAAAACGAGUGGGAGAAAAAGCUGCAUGCGGCGGUGGCGGGCAUGGAGCAAGAGAAGUUUGACCUGCAGAAGAAGCAAACAGAGAACAUUCAGGUGCUGCUGGAGGACACCAACCAGAGGCUGGCCAAGAUGGAGGCUGAGUAUGGCGCCCAGACACAGGCUACCGACCAGACAGUGCGGGAGCUGGAGCUGCGUGUGAAGCAGCUGUCAGUGGAGGUGGAGAACGGUAACGUGCUGAGGCAGAAGGUGACCCAGGAGAAGGGUCAGCUGGAGAUCCACAUCGCCACCAUCAGCUCUGAGCUUCAGGAGGCCAACCGACAGAGGGUGUCUCUGCUGAUGAAGGAGCAGCAGAGUGAGCAACAUGAAGACACACUGCAGAAGCUCCAGACCAAACAUGAGGCUGACAUCAGCCACUUCCAACAGGAACACACACUCUCCGCUGCUAAGGCCUCUGAUGUGAUUGAGGACCUGGAACAGACAGUGGCUCAGCUCAGACAGCAGCUACAGGACAGUGAGCACAGGAGACUGAAACAACUCAGGGACACAGAGAAUAAACUUCAAAAAGAGAAAGCAGAUCUGCAGCACCACUGUGAGAAAAAGGUCCGUGCCCUACACAACGAGGCGGAGAAAGAGAGAGAAGAGACCAAGAAGAAGAUCUCCAAACUUGAAGAGUCACUGAAGGAGAAGGAGGAGCAGCUGGGACGUGAGAGGGAGUGUCAGCGGCAGCAUACCCAGGAGGCAGAGAAUGCUCUGGAACACUUUAAGAAGCAAGUAGAGAUCAGCUCAGAGAAGACCUACGCUAACAUGAAACUACAGAUGGAUAAGGUGGAGGAGGAUCUGACCCGCUCCAAGUCCCUAAGAGAGAAACAGGCCAAGGAGUUCUCCUACCAAGUGGAGGAGCUCAAACAGAAAUACGAACAGCAGAUGUGCGAGCAGCGUGCAGGGCAGGAGCAGGAGAGGAUGCGUCUACAGCAGCAUUACAGCACGGAGAGGGACAAUCUGGUCCAGCAGCGCCAGCGGGAGGUGGGCACCAUGGAGAGGGAGGCGCGGGCCGCCCUGCACCAGCACCAGCACCAGACCCAGGAGUGGAGGCAACACGACGCCCAGGUCAUCUCUGACCUGGAGGAGCAGGUGUCCUCUCUGAGGGAUGAGCUGCAGCAGGCCCACAGCCAGAGGAAGCAGCAACUGCUGGAGCUGGGGGUGCUCAGGGAGGAGGAGAGGCAGCGCGCAGCCAUGGACCAGGAGGCCUCCCUGGGCAGGCUGAGAGCCGAGAUGGACCACAUCUGCCUGGAGCUGGAGACGAGCCACAAGGCCGAGAGACAACUGGCCCAGGAGAAGACGAACACCAGGCUAAAGCAGAUUGAGAAGGAAUACAGUCAGAAGCUUGCCAAGUCUGCUCAGUUGAUAGUGGAGCUGCAGACGUCAGUAUGUGGUGCUAAGGAGGAGGGCUUGCGGCAGCAGCAGGAGAAGGAGAGACAGUUGAAGGAGGCUACAGCUCGCUGGGAUGAUGAGAGGAGGCAGAUGAGCCGCCACACAGACACUAAGAACAAGGUUCUGCAGGAGAAGGUGGAGAAUCUCCAGAGGCAGCUGCACUCCUCCGAGAAGAAACUACUGAACAAAGAGUUAGAGAACCAGGAGCAGGUGACGGUGGUGCUUCAGGAGUGUGCGAUGAAAAUGAAAGGGCUGAUGCCAGCUGAGCUGCGACAGGAGCUGGAGGACACCAUCUCCUCUCUCAAGUCUCAGGUGAACUUCCUCCAGAAGAGAGCUUCUGUGUUACAGGAGGACCUGGAUGCCUGUCACAGCAGGAGGUAACCAUGGGCUGUUCUUCCCUUGGCCACACCCAUUAUCCGGACAUGAAGAAUAAGACAGUCUAUCAGAUGUGAGAAUCAUCGCCACAGUUACCAGGCAUCACACAUCUGUCAUGCCAUGGGUGCACCAAUCAGUUGUGCCAGUUAUGUUAGCCACACCCACACUGUUUUUAACCACUAUGGAUUUGUACAUAUUUAUUCACUGUCAGAUUUUUUUCACAUUCCCCGUUAUAAAUCAAUAAUUUUUCAUAACUUUUUGUGGAUGUUUAAUGUGCGUACUAUCCAUACAUAUACUAUAAAUACAAAAUGAUGUGGACACCCAUUUAAAUUAGUGGAUUCUGCUAUAUCAGCCACACCCGUUGCUGGCAGGUGUUUCAAAUCUAGCACACAGCCAUGCAAUCUCCAUAUAGAGACAUUGACACUAGAAUGGCUUACUAAAGAGCUCAGUGACGUUCAACAAUUCAGUUUGUCAAAUUUCUGCCCUGUUAGAGCUGCCCUGGUCAACUAUAAGUGAUGUUAUUGUGAAGUGGAAAAAUCUAGGCACAACAACUGCUCAGCCACAAAGUGGUAGGCCACACAAGCUCCCAGAAUGGGACCGCCGAUUGCUGAAGUGUGUUGCAUGUUCGUUGGGCGCUUCAUGAAAUGGGUUUCCAUGGUCGAACAGCCACAUACAAGAUCGCAAUGCCAAGCGUCGGCUGGAGUGGUGUAAAGCUCGCCGCCAUUGGACUCUGGAACAGUGGAAAUGCGUUCUCUGGAGUG